UCCGGUCUGGAUUUGAAGCUGAAAAUGGCCGACGAACAACAAUUCCUGCUGACUGACUUGCAAUUUGAAGCGCUAGCAAAAGUCUUCAAAUUUGCUGAUGUGGAGGAAAAGGGCUUCGUCGAUGUGGAAACAAUAUCCACUCUGGCGGUCCAGUUGCUCGGGGGACAUUUAACAGAAAGUCAGAAACAUUAUAUCAAGGCAACGUCAGAUGAGAAAACAGAAAAAGGCUUGCUUUCCUACAACAGUUUCAUUGACAUCAUGUCAAAAGUGAUGAUGCAAACCACACAGUGGGGAAAGAUGAAGACUUCAUUGGAAAGUUAUGUUGGCUUUGAUACCAUUCAGGAACAGAUCAGAAAGAAAUCUCUGAAACGAGGAUUUGAACUGAAUCUCAUGGUUGUUGGAGCAUCUGGCUUGGGCAAGUCAACUUUGGUAAACACUUUAUUCAAAGCAAAGCUCAGCCGAACUUCUUCCAUCUCCCAAUCCUUUACAAUACCAAAAACAGUGGAAAUUAAAACAGUAAGCCAUGUUAUUGAAGAGAAAGGUGUUCGCUUAAGGCUAACAAUCACCGACACCCCCGGCUUUGGUGACCAAGUCAACAAUACUAACUGCUGGGAGCCAGUUAUCGAAUAUAUUCACGAUCAGUUUGAUCAGUACUACAGGGAAGAGUCAAGCACUUAUAGAAAAGCAAGAAUUCCUGAUACCAGAGUUCAUUGUUGUUUAUAUUUUAUUGAGCCCACUGGACACAGGUUGAAAUCUCUUGACCUGGAGUUCAUGAAACGACUUGACAAAUGUGUGAAUAUAAUUCCUGUGAUUGCAAAAUCUGAUACAUUAACCUUGGAGGAACGAGAGGCAUUUAAACGACGGAUUCGUGAAGAUCUCAGUCACACCGUCAACACGUAUCCCAUCAUCCACGACGAGCUUGACGAGGACGAAGUUCGAACGAACACCAAAAUCAAGGAACAACUACCAUUUGCUGUAGUCGGUAGCGACAAAAACGUCUCGGUUGGCGGUAAGGCUGUUGUCGGUCGAAAAACUCGCUGGGGUGUUAUCGAAGUUGAGAACAAGAAUCAUUGUGAGUUUUCUCUUCUACGAGACAUGCUGAUUAAGACGCACAUGCAGGAUCUGAAGGAAGUCACAGAUUUUCUUCACUACGAGAGCUACCGGCGAAAGAGGUGCUCGCGAGGAAGCAACGGCGAACACUCCCCCCUGGAUGAGAAACCGGAAAUGACGCAAGAGAAUGGCGUAAUCAGUGAGAGUAACAUAUAAACACAAUCAAAUCUAUUUCUACUGAAAACACACUGAAUAAUGACACAAUUAUUUCGACUUUUUAUAAACUUUUGUAUAAGGACAAUUUCCUUAUAAAUUCUUUAUUGUAUCCCCGCAUACAUCUUCAAUUUGAAUUCGAACUAAAUUUAAGUCCACAGGACGAAUUUGACUGGGUUGGUUUCCCUUGGGUAUUGUACUGUCUAAGAUGGAUGGACGGGAGGGGGUAUUUCUAGUUUGUAUAUUUGAAUUUGUCUCUUCAGGAUAGUGUUAUUUGAAAUCGGUAUAUAUUGUCAGGUAGCUUUAAAAUUUGUCAAAACUUGCAAGGGGUUUUAUGUUUUGUUAGUAAAACAC